AUGGCCCUUGCAGCGGUCGUCGUUUUACCAAUCGGCCUUUUAUUCCUUCUUUCUGGACUCGUCAUCAAUUUUCUUCAGGCGUUGUUCUUUGUCAUUGUCCGUCCUUGUUCAAAGAAUGUGUACAGGAAGAUGAAUGCUCAUCUUGCACAACUGUUGUGGUUGGAGGUUGUAUGGCUUUUCGACUGGUGGGCACACAUUAAGGUUGAUUUGUAUAUAGAUUCUGAAACACUUGAAUUAAUGGGUAAAGAACACGCACUCCUUAUUUGCAACCACAAAAGCGACAUUGAUUGGCUCAUUGGAUGGGUCUUGGCUCAGCGUGCCGGUUGUCUUGGUAGCACCCUUUCUUUAAUUAAAAAAUCAUUAAAACUCCUCCCGGUUAUUGGCUGGUCAAUGUGGUUCACUGAGUAUAUUUUUUUGGAACGAAGCUGGGCCAAAGAUGAACAUACAUUAAAGGCAGGUUUUGAAAACUUAACAGAUUUCCCAAUGCCUUUCUGGUUAGCCGUGUUUGUAGAAGGGACUCGCUUUACACAGGCUAAGCUUAUUGCUGCUCAGGAGUACGCUAUUGCAAUGAAGUUACCUAUUCCUAGGAAUCUUUUGAUUCCUAGAACCAAGGGCUUCGUUGCUGCAGUCAAUCACUUGCGUUCAUUUGUCCCCGCUAUUUAUAACUGUACGGUGGCUAUUCCUAAAGAUGAACCGUUACCAACAAUAUUAAGAAUGUUCAGAGGAAGAUCUUCCACAGUACAUAUACACAUUAAGAGACACUUGAUAUGUGAACUGCCAGAAACCGAUAGUGGCAUCAAACAAUGGUGUAGAGACAGAUUUGUCGAAAAGGAUGCUUCAUUGGAGUUGCACAAAUCUAAAAACUCAUUUGACAGCAGUGAAUGCCAUAGCAUCGGUAGACCGAAGAAAUCCUUAUUUGUGGUUAUUUUUUGGUCAUGGCUUCUAUUAUAUGGGGCAAUUAAGUUCUUCGAAUGGUGUUCGUUUUCUUGGGGAACAAUUGCAUUUUGUGCACUACUUUUGUUGUUUGUUGUGAUCUUGAUGCAGAUCCUGAUUCUGUUUUCUCAGUCAGAAAAAUCAGACUCUCUACGAUCACAAACAAUUAAUUAUAAAGAAGACACGUUGAACCAGAAACUUAUUCCUUGA